CCUUAUUUCUCUCUCUUCUUAAAUCCAAAAAAAUCUCUCCAAGAAAAUCGAAAAUUUUCGGAAAAAUCUCUACUUGUUUCCGGAAGAAGAAGAUGACGGGAGUUGAUGAUGGUAAGGAGUUCAAGGAUGAAACCGUGAUUCUCAGCGACGACGAUAGUGAAGUGGAAGAAGUUAAAGACGGAGGAGAAGAAGGUUCCGACGAGGAACCAGAAGUCGAUGGAAGUGAAGGUGACGACGAUGAUGAUGAUGAUGAUGAGGAAGAUGACGACGACGAUGUCCAGGUUUUGCAGUCCUUAGGUGGGCCUCCGGUACAGUCGGCUGAAGAUGAAGAUGAGGAAGGAGAGGAAGACGGAAACGGAGACGACGGCGACGACGAUGAUGAUGACGACGACGACGAUGAUGAUGACGACGAUGAAGACGGUGAAGAUGAGGAGGAUCUUGGGACAGAAUACCUAGUCAGGCCAGUUGGUCGGGCUGAAGAUGAAGAGGACGCAAGUGAUUUUGAGCCGGAAGAGAACGGUGUUGAGGAAGACCUUGACGAAGGUGAAGACGACGAGAAUGAUGACUCGGGUGCUGGAAAAUCUGAGGCUCCUCCCAAAAGGAAGAGAGGAGCUGCUGAUGAAGAGGAAGAGGAGGAUAGUGAUGAUGGAGAUGAUGCAAGACCUCCAAAGAGGUAGUUUUCAAGGAAUUAUAACAACAGCACGGUUCAAACAAACAGAAAGAGAGCUUUAUGGUUUUUUUCCUUUUUAAGUUUGGAGUCGUGAGAUUUGAAUCAUUGGUUGGGGUUCAUGUAAGUUUAUUAUGGAUCAAGAAGUAGGGCUUUUUAUUUUUCAUUUUAUGCAGAUGUUUUCUCUUUUCUAGUGAGUCAAUAACCAAUGUUUCUUGAACGA